UUGCCGACUUAUUUUUGGUACCUUUUUAAGCAAUUAUUUGUAUUGGAAAAAUUGGAACAAGGAGCUAUUGACGACGAAAUAUGGGGCAAAAUUAUUAUUAUGGAACGUGGCAAACGAAUUGCCAAAGCCUAUUUAAGAAAAACAACAAUUAUUGUUGAUGGUGGGGAAGAUGAAUUUGAUGGCAAAACACUUGGAUUUAAUCAUUUUUCAAAUCCACAACGUGACGAAUAUACAGAAGAAUUUAGAUCUAAAAUUGGUGAUGGUGUUAUUAUUAAAAUGGACAACCAAGGUAAUAUAAAAGCUAUGGCAAGGGGUUCAACUCCAGUGAUUGUCCAAGGAUGGAAAGAGCCGAACUCAAACUGCAUAUCUGAACGAUUACUGCGUGAACAGGGGAAACUGAAAACUAAGGAACGGAUUGCAAAAAUCUUCGAUAUGCGUAGAUUCAAAUCUGCAAUAUCACGGGAAUUGGUGCAACCGGAUCCAGAUGCCAGAGAGCUACUGAUGAAAACAUGCGUUCGAGUAUCGUUAGUCAAAGAUUGUAGUUCAGAUCCAAUGAAGACACCCUGUUGGUUCAUGAUCAUCAAUCUUGUUGCUUUGGAUAUGCUAAAAACAAAAUUACCACAAGUACUGAGAAACUGUAAGCUUUGUUCAACAAUAAUACCAUCAGCAACAGCUGCAGAAGUCUAUUCGCAGGCUGCACUUAGUCAAAUUAUAGCUGCAGCUGUUCAACAGGCUAACACGCAGUUAGUGAAUUCCUUAAACUGA